GAAGGGCGAAUUGGAUGACAGCAAUAGCUUCAUAACCAUCAUCGCUGUUGGCUGGGUUGUACGGUAUUGGAAUAGCACGAAAGUGUAAAGAGGGACUUGUCAAUAGCUUUAACCAUACAUUUCUCUAUAGACUGACUACAGGACACCAUCACCUCUUUGAACCACCUCCAUUAUCGUCGAACCAUAUCUCUUGGAACAUUCUCUCUCCACACACACACACUCACACCAUAUAAACUUUACCAGCACGAAUAACGGAUUGGACCAACCAGAGGCUAACGUCCAACACUCGAGUCUGCUCUUACUCCUCUUCCUCUUGUUUUUCUUCUCCUCCCCUUCUUCUUCUUCACCAAUAUUGAUACCUUUGCCCUCCAUACCAAACAAGUUUCACAUUAUCUUUCGUGCCUCUUGCACCUCGACAUCACGUUGUACUCACCUGGCUGUAUUGUACAACUUAUCAAGAUAAGAUACGAUUACGGUGCGUGUCUGUUCCUCCGGUGGUGUGUAACUAUUUCAUUUCCUCAAGGCCUCUGUGCUGGUACCCUGUCCUGUCCAUGUAUAUACGUACCCAACAAUUCCAGAAUUGAUGAGACAGCGAUGUAAUUGUCAAUCAUCGGUACCGUGUACACCAAACUCGCUGUAUCUUGAUUCACUCCAAUCUGUUUCCCCUCACUGCACCACGCUUCGUUUUCUUUCCAGUCCCCCCUUUGCUUUAGCCCUUCCCCAUCUCUUCAUUUCACCGCGAUGCCAAACUUUCCAUGCUCACGACCAGGUACGCCCAACACAAUGCGUACAUCCUCCUCGAACUCUCAAACCCAAUGGCUUUGCUUUACUUUCCUUUACUUUUGCUUUGUCUCUGGCUGCUUUAACAUUCUCUUUCCUCCAUUGCCCACGUCGAUUUCACUCAUCAUGCAACACAGACCACUCAUCAGCCCCAAACUCUUCGCUUGUCGUUACCGAACCGGUCUGGCUCAAUUCAUCCAGCUUACUUACUGAUCAAAAGCAGCAGGAGCCCAGUCUUUCAACUUACAUUAUCUCUGGUACCCCAAAUAUCUUAUUUGGUCUACUUCCCUUUGACCUUCUUCGACCCUCCACAACUCAUCCCAAAUUUGUGUGGUCGAGUUUGUCAACAACGAAACACACAAUAAGAAUGAAUAAAUUAUCAAACCUCGGUCGCGAUAUGAGGCACUGGUCAGGCCCAGGAUUCGGCAUGUCGCGACAAAAUCAAAUGAAUGGCAUGUCCUCAAUGCCGCCUCACACAAAACCGACUCCUUCACCAGCGCUGGCACCAACCCCUGCGGACUCUACUAUCCACUAUUCAUUCAAUAUCCCCUUCGCUUCUGAUCUCGCCGGUCCAAAUACUGAGGAUAUUCUUUACGCCACGGCCAAUGCUGUGCUGAGAUGGACACAUCCCAAAGACGCGCCCGAUGACAUUCCUGUCUGGAAGUUACCGGUACACACCUCGAAUAUCGAAAUUCUCUCGAAACUUUGCGCAGCUAUUACCAAUGGACCUUUGCCUAUCUUGGCUGAUGUCGCUGUCACCACACCUAAACGUCCCACGGCCUCCCCUGCACAGGUUACAACCGUUACUCUUUCGGGAAGCCCGGAAUUGGUACACAAGAGCAGAGAAACGAUCUUAAAUGAUACCCCUAUCGCAUUGCGUUGUGCAGUCAUAGAUGUUGACGGAGACUUGAUUAUUGAUUCGGCGGUUCCAGGCUUGAGACAAUCUGUCGUUGAACAUUUGGACAAAGUUGCUGCGUUCUGCGGUGUUGAUAUAUUCAUACUAGGUCCAAAAUUUCCUUCGUUGGCUGAUGGACUCAGUAGCAAUGGUGAGGCUGGAAGAGAUCAACGCUGGAGAAUAGCAGUCUAUGGAGAUAUGGAGAGCGCUGAACAUGGCAAGACGAGAAUAUUGGUUUACAUUGACAGACUACUUGGUCGUGUAGCUGAUGUAGCAUCUCUCGAGCUGUCCCUCCACACUGUCAUUUGUGGACGAUCCCGAAAGAACAUCAAGAUGAUCGAAUCUUCUACUAACACGGCUAUCUAUUUCCCACCCCCCUUCUCCCAGGUUUACAAAUACUGUCCAGAGGGUGCUCAGCGACGAAACCCCGAAGAGAUCUUUAUUACUGGUGACCGAGCAGAAAACAUAGCCGCAGCCAAAAGCAGAAUCCACGAACUUGUUAGAAUGACGAGGCUCUUCAUGAAAGAUGCUCAUGUGACCGCCGCUAAGAUCGACAGCAUUCUCCUGACUAGAAUGGACAAGGUUCGUAAGAUCAUGGAGACAAACGGAACAUUCAUCCAGUUCCCAGCUCUUGCUUCUCAACGCAGCAUGAUCAGAAUCCAAGGAAUUGAAGGUCUCCACGUAGAACGAACAGUUCGGGAGCUCAUGCUGAUGGGAGUGCAAUUUUACAGCGCGUCGUGGUGGAUCCAACAGCCACCAAAUCAGCCACCUUUACAACCAGCUCCACCUCAAUUGAGGGCAAUGUUAGUAGAUAUCUGUUCAUAUUCCUCAGCGGAUGUGACAUACGACAAGCUACAAUGGACAAUAACUGGUUCCGACGAAGCUGUCAAAGACGCGUUGACUAUCAUUAGCAACAUCCCUUUGAACAAGCGAGGAUUCGCCUAUCAAAUUCGAGUCAAGCUUGAGCUCGCAAAUGAGCACAAGGAGUUUGUUAGUGGCAAGAAAAACGGAAAGAUUAACAAGAUCAUGGGCCAAAGUAACGUACAAAUUAUAUUUGACGGAUUCAAUGAGUACAACUUUAACAUUGAUGUUUGCGGAAACAAUUACGACCAAAUGGUUACCGGUCUUAACCUCGUUGAGCAAGAGAUGCCAGCCCAAAUAUCUUUCCAUGUUCCUGAUCAAUACCAUAAGCGCAUUAUCGGCAUUGGUGGUCAACACAUUCAAAGAAUCAUGAAAAAGCACUCGGUUUUUGUUAAAUUCUCCAACGUUAUGGACCGUGGUGGACCCAAUCGUGAGGAUGAUGAUAUCAAGGCCGACAAUGUCAUCUGCCGAACUCCAGCUCGUAAUGCUCAAAAUCUAGAGCUCGUGAAGGCUGAGAUCCUUGACAUGGUCGAUCGAGUUGAUUCAGAGUUCACUUCUCAGACUGUCAAUGUUGACCGAUUGUACCAUCGAGAGCUUUUGACUCGUCUUGACCAAAUUGAGGACUUGGAAAAGAAAUGGAACUGCAAAGUUCUCUUCCCAAGUACCGAGCAAGCUAGUGACGAUGUCACAAUCUCCGGACCAGAAUGGCAAGUUCCUCAUUGUGUUGAUGAGUUCCUUGGCAUGGUUCCAGAUAGUCAUGAGCUUGUUUUGGCUCGUACCCCGGAGCUCUUGGAAUUCUUGAGCUCCAAUGAGUUCAAGACAGAGAUGGUGCCAAAGCUCAAGUCUCAAUAUGUGGUCGAGGUCCAAGUUGAUGAAAAUUCCUCUGAACUUACUGAGGAUAGGAAACCAACAAUCAUUCUUCUCUGGACUUUUACCAGAAACAAUGCAGGCGGAGUUCGAGAUGCAAUCGAAUUCUUGUUCUCCAACAUUGCCGCAGCCGGUAUUGAAGUCACCACUGUCAAGGGAACAAUUCCUCGUCCCAAGUCUGACUCCUUUGAGGAAUCCUUACCAUUCUUCAAUUCUAAACUCUUACAGCAUGCUCCUGCACCAAUGGCAACUGAUUCACCAACCAAGUCUUCGUUUGGUGAUGAUGUUGCAAGGGAGAGGAGCAACAUUUUUGAUAAGCUUCGUAAACCUGGUAGCAUGUCGUCAAUUUCUUCAUUCUUGAAUGGCCGCAAGAACAGCUCACAAUCUCCCGCCGGUUCUUUCUUCAGGAACGGGUCUCGUAACGCAUCAAGGACAUCUUUGAUUUCCAUCGAGUCUACACGAAGCUUUAAUGCAGACCGUAAUCCAUGGAACGAUAGUGGUGUCAACUUGCCGGACGAUGACACCACACCAUGGCCAACCCGCCAAUUUGGAACUGGCAGUGGCAGUAGCCACGACAACAAGCAUCCACACGGGCAUCCGGGUGAUGCAACACCAAGACAUAGCAUGAGAGCUUCGACCGAUAGUGGUCGCCCUUCAACUUCUAAUUCUACAAACUCAGGAUACCCCGGUCCAAUUGGACCACCGCGUUCUUAAGAUAUCCACAAAACUAUUCCCUUAUUUCCUAGAUUGUCUUUAAGUAUGUCAAUUUCGACGUACACAAUGGCUGGAUAUAUACCCUGGCGCGCAAUACCCCAAAUACCACUUUUUUUUUUUUGCUGCUUUGAUUGUUUUUCAUCUCUCCUUAUUCCAAUUUGAUCUUUCUCUCUUUCUUUUCUGGGCUGUUUUGUUAUUUGUGUUGUUUGCGUUUACCGUGCUCCAACUUUUUUUGAGGUGAAGAGAAAAAGCAUGCGGGCGCUCUCAGAGACGAACAGAAGACAAGACAUUUAGAAGAUCUUUCUUGCGUGCUUGACUAUUCAUGGGAAUAUUAAGAGGAAAUACCUAUUUGCUUUUAGGGGCGUGGGAUUGAUUUUUUACUUUUCGUUUUGGUUGCUACAAUAUCCUCGACUUUGGUUGUUUUUCGCGUGCGAUUUGUUUGGUGGGUUAACAAACAGGUAACUGGGUACAUGGGAUUGUGAAUUGGAAGGUGAUUUGUGAUGAGGGGAUGAGAGAUGAGGGAUGAGGGAUGAGGGAUGAUUUUUACACUCUUUUUGUUUUGAGUUUGGAUGGAGGUAUGGGAAAGGAAGAGGCAAGGGAUAUGCGGGUGGUGGCUUAAGUGAAAUCGGAAAGCGGUUUGGUGGGUCGGCGAUUCUGCUACAAACAGACAGUCGUAAGGUUCCAAUUUGGGGAAUCUGGUAUGGAUCGAUGGUUUGGGCAUCAGAAUCAUUCGUUAUAUGUAUUUUGUGGGUGUAUGUUAUGAUACCCUAGAGAAGAAUUGUUGUAUGUUGAGAAUUUGAAAAGUUUGCGAGAAUUGAAGUUGAUUUGGAUAAUUAUGAUGCGAUGUGAUGUGACCUGAAACGAAUCGGAAGGACUACA